AGAGAAAUAUAACAGAAAUGUCCUUAUUUGUACGACUAACCACGAACACAAUUCGAAACAAUGUUGUGUCCAUUAGAAACAUAACAACAACAAUGACCAAUAAAGUUAAAGAAAUACAGCAACGCCAAGAAAACAAUUCGCUUAUUAUUGAAGCUGUAACCAAACCCUCACCUCGUGCUGAUAAUAUGCUUAAAGAAGCCUGCACCGCGAAAUUUUGUCCCGAAUGUACAUUGGGUUUAGAUUUGAAACACACUGAUGUUUUGAUUCUGUCACAGUAUGUCCGAUCGGAUGGCUGUAUGCUGCCGAAACGUAUUACCGGUCUUUGCUAUCGCCAGCAAAAGAAAAUUGGCACAUUGGUUACAAUGGCUCAGAAGGCUGGUCUUAUGCCCAAUCUAACACCGGCCAAUAGCAAAAAGGAUCCCAAGAAACGUUUCGGUUGGAAAAAGUUUAACAAAUAUUUCAAUGAAAAAACAAUUAAAUAUUGAGAUGGAAA